GGGGAUGAAAUUUAAGAGAGUCCACGCCUCUGCCUGGAUCGAGACGUCGCUCCCUGGUCAUAUGACUUCCAUUUCCUGGUAGAGUCGGCGGCAGCUCGGCUAUAUCCCAAACGACUGAUCGUCCCUGUCGUGGUUUUUCGUCUUUUCCCCUGGUUCUUGACACUCCAGACUACCAAGCGAUCAUGUCCCGAUAUGCUCCAUUUAUUUUAUCCCUUUUCUUUGGAAUAGCGUUCCAGGUGUCGCAUGGCAUUGAGGUGAACAUCAAAGAUAAAGACGGCAAGUUGUGCCUCUAUGCCAAUCUAACGGUCAACUUCUCAGUCUCAUAUGAGGUACCUAGCAACAUGAACAUAACUACCAAGUUUGGACUUCCUGAAAAAGCCACAACAGCUGGAAGUCAGUGUAAUGCCAAAAACUCAACACUGAAGCUUAAUUUUGGAGAGGGGAACUCCUGGAGUGUGAACUUCAGCAUGAAUGGAACAAUCUACCAGGCAGACUCCAUCACCUUUUUUUACAAUCUCAGUGAUUCGGCUUACUUUCCUCGUUCUCUGUCAAAUGAAACUGUAUCUGUGACCGUGAAUCCCCAGAUUACAAAUGUAGUUUUGGACACCUGCUAUUCAUGCAGGAAUAACGACAUGAUCCAAGCUGAAUCGGUCAAUAUGACACUGUGGAAUGUGCUCAUGCAGGCUUUUGUCAGUAACGGCAGCAAGUCCGAAAACAUAACAUCUUGUAGGGCUGAUCAACCCACAACCACUUCUUCUCCUACCACUCAUUUUACCAGCACUACCACUGCAACUCCCACCACAACCCCAACCCCCACCCUCCCCACACCCACCACUGGGAAGUACCAAGUCGGGUCCAAGAACAGUACAGCCUGCCUGUUGGCCAGCUUUGCCCUGCGGCUCGGUUUCAAACAAGGGAAGAAAUAUCAGGAGAUGAACCUUGAUCCCAGUGAAAUCAACGCGUCUGGAUCAUGUGGAGUCAACAGCAGCAAGCUGGUGCUGACAUCAAAUACAACGAGAAUCGAAUUCGUCUUCACCAGUGACUCUCAGAAAUUCCACCUACAUGCACUCAACUUCACUACAAACUCUGGUUUUUCUGAGGGAAACACCAAUCUGAGUCUUUGGGAGGCAUCUCUCGGCAGCUCGUACAUGUGUAACAAGGAGCAGAACUACACCAUCACUGACUUGCUCAGCCUUUACACCUUCAACCUACAAGUGCAGCCCUUUGGAGUCAAGAACAGUGCUUUCAGUACAGCCCAUGAAUGUUCAAUGGAUGACACCAGCAUCUUAAUCCCAAUCGUUGUUGGCGCUGCACUGGCUGGCUUGAUUUUGAUUGUAGUGAUCGCUUACGUGAUUGGUCGAAGAAAGACAUAUGCUGGAUAUCAAACACUCUAAUUCAGACCAGAAAUAUCACUGGGCUCCCAAGCCUGGUCCUUGGGUUUCAUGCAAGGUGAUCAAUUGGCAAAUAACUUAAAUAUUCGAGCGUUAAAAUAAAGCUUGUAGGAUAACUGUCAAAGUAGGUGUUACUGUCUUUUGGUAUUGAUGUCAUUGGUCAUUAUGAGACAGGAAUUGCAUAUUUCUGAAUUGUAGUUCUUUUAAAGAGGUUAUACAGUAAGAUGCGUACCAAUCCAUUUGAGCAAUUUUUUUUUUUUUUCCCUCAAGGACCAAACUUGACUACCCAUAAUGUAUGUUUGUUUUCUGGAUGUCUUGUCUCUUUUUGUUGUGCACUUGCACAUUUACAAAAUCAUUUCACAAAUUUUUUACACUUUUAGCAGAAGAUGUGACAGUUUUCAGCUUGUUGUGGCAGGAUCUUGCAUUUGCUCUGCAGACCUUUUGUUUGCUUUGGUCAUUAUUUAAUCUUUAUGCACAUUUUGGUUUUUACUCAUGUUGUGGUUUGACUUUUCAUUCCCAUAAUUAUUUACAUUAAGACAGAUUUUUUUUUUCCCAGCCUUUAAACAGCAAAGAUGGUCAGCCAGCUUUCUUUGUUCCUAGAAACUUCUUUAAAAAGAAAAGUCUGCUCCAUUUGCAAAGUUGUCAGAAGAUGUGCUUUAGCCCCUGUAGAGCAGGAGAAAUGUGGCAGUUAUUGUCCUGAUUUUUGUUGCUCCAAACAGAUUAAGAAUGUCAAAUCAGAUUUGUUGUAUAAAUUCUACUAGACCCUUUAUUUAUAGGAGACGUUUCGACAUAUGUCAGCUGUAAAAGCCCAGGUGGAACUAAUGACCCAUUUGCAUUUCAAUUUAAAGGACCUAGAACUGAUUAAAAUUAGAUGAAGCCCUUGUUAAUUAUGCCUGUGCUUUUCCUGUGAUACCAUGUCAAAAUGUCUGCUGUUUAAAAGAUCUGUUACAUUUGCACAUGUUCCAGUUGGAGAAUAAAUCUAAUAAAGGACAACUGUUGCUUUCUUACAGGUUUAACUUUAGCAUUAUGUUUACAAAAGGGAUAGAACUAUUGUGUAGCUAUUGACUUUGAGCACAGAGAAGUCUGGAACAAAGAUAUUUACAUAUAAAUGCACAAAGACCAUCUUUAUAUUUUGCUUUAUGCUGCGAGUUGUCAUAUUUGUCAUCUGCAUAUAGGUCUGGGAUUGGCUUGAGGGCUGUAGCUGGAUCAGGGCAUGUUCAAGGCCCUGAAAACUUGAUUUCAAAUCCUAAGCAAUUCUCUAACUUGUAAGAAUCAGAGGUAUUUACUCAUGAGGAGUUCGACAUUUUAGGAACUUAGAUGGGGAGUGUUGGUGAGUAGAUCUGAGACAACUUUCAUGACUCGGUUAAAUAGGAAGCUUAAAAACUCAGCUAAUCUGACUCUGGGUGUAGUUUUCUCAGAUUUGACUCUGUCCUGGAAAUGUAAGCAAACAUUUAUAUUGGCAAAUCCAGAUUAGUGCAGGGAACUGUUGGUGGAAACUUGUUGUAAUGCAGGUCUCGUCACUUAACUGUACAAAGCUGAAGUAAGUUUUAUGUCCGGGGAAAUUGGUGCAAGUUCCAGUGAAGCAAUGUCAGAGAUGUAGGUAAACCCCAGCAUGUGUGUUUUUGUAAUGGUAGAAAGCCAGGGUGGCACAUGGAAGUUGCUGUGUAUUGUUGCUUAAUUCUAGCAGAGUGCUGUGUACUUUAACUUGCAGACAAUGAACUCCACUGAAUAUGAAUCCUUCACUUUUUAGAUGCUUAUAAAACUGGCUUUCCCAGGACAUUGAACUUGUAUAUGAAUAAUCGCUCUGAAUCAAAUCUGGGUUUUGUGAUUGUUGCUGUCUGGUGUGUCUCAGCUUUGUACAAACUUGGUUGCCUUAAUUAUAAAGAUGGUUUUGCAGUACAGCAUUGUUUAUGUAUCUCACUGCUAAUGUUCCCUGUCCUCAACAUGACUGAUGUGCUUUGCUCAUUACCAUUCUGUUUUCUACAUUGACUUAAUACUGUUAGGACACUUGAUUACUUGGUAUCAUUUGGGUUAUGAUGUAAAUCCUCUUCAGUAGGUGGGAACAUUGUGAGCGCGCACACGUUCAACAAGGGGAAAUUGUGUUGCAAAACCGUCUUGUCAAAAGUCAGUGUGUGUUUUGUGGAUAUGAGUGACUUUCAUUUCCGUUUUCUUGCUGUUAUAAUAAAGUGGAUUUAAUAUUGUCAACUGCUAGACUUUUUAGUAUUUUACAAUUUAUUGAAAUAAACGCUUUGCUGUCCUGGA